CUGUCGGGACUGCCAUGGAUGCCAGAAUGUUGUCUUCGUCGUCGACCAGAUGGAUCUUCUUGUUGGUUCUCGGGUCAAUCUGCAAUUUUAAAGGAAUUGAGUGCAUCCAACGAUUCGAACAGCAACCGUCCUACACUGAGGUGAAUCCUGGUCAGGAUGCUCUCCUUAUCUGUAAAGUGUUCAAUAAAAGGGGAUCAUGCUCCUGGCAAAAGGAUAAUAAGCCAAUGGGAAUGUAUCCGCACAAGUACGAGUGGGCUUCCACAAACCAAUUGAAUGGUGAUUGUUCGAUUUGGAUUCGUGCUGCUCAAUUGGAAUUUGACGAUGGAAGUUGGGAAUGUCAAGUGACUGCCAGUGAUUUUCACACACAAGAUGCUCUGACUAGUUCACCUAUUCGGCUUGUAGUAAGAGUGCCACCGCAGAGACCAAGAAUCGAGUUUAACGGAACCCAAGUUCAUCCCGGUCACAAUUUGACGACCCUGCACGGUGAGGUGGCAGUCGUCAAGUGCGUAUCUCAUUACGGCAAUCCCCCGCCAGUUCUGAAAUGGUUCCUCGAUCAACAAGAAAUAACCCCGUCAAGAAGGCAAACGAAUACAACUGAGCUGGAUAACCCAAGAACUUGGCUAGCUCUUUCUGUAUUGGAGCUGACAAUUUCUAAAGAAAACCACGGUCGGAUGCUGCGAUGCGUCGCUGUUCAUGAAUCUUAUUCAACGAAAUCCAGCAGCAUAGAAGUCCGACUUGAUGUGAUGUAUGUUCCGACGACCCGUCUGGUGGGCAUCCCAACGACCGACAUCGAGGACUUGAAGGAUUCUGUGGCGAUCCGUUGUGUGGUGAGCGCGAAUCCAAAGGCUUCGGUUGUGUGGCGACGAGAAGGCCAAAGUCAGCCUGCCAGUUUGCAAGAACUACUUCAGUUUAGCCCCGCCAUCAGACAACACUCUGGCAUGUACACGUGUCACGCUCGAAACAAGGCCGGCGAUUCCCAGCCCAUCAGGGUCCACGUAGAUGUUAAAUACCCACCUAAAAUAGUCAGCAUCGGAAGAGAGAGAGUAAAGACUGCCACUCUGUUUUCAACGGCUAGUUUCGAAUGCAUUGGCGAAGGGAAUCCACCUCCAACUUAUCAAUGGAUCCAGAAAAGGCCGAAGCCCUCAGAAGAAGUCAUCGAACGUGGACGUGACCAAAAAUUGCAUAUCUCCAAUGUCACGUACGAGUUUCAAGGAGAGUAUCGAUGCAAAGUGACCAAUAUCAUUAAGGGAGAAGAAAGGUCUGAAAUUAGCGAACCUAUUAUUUUGCAAGUACAUGGUGCGCCACAAGUGUUGAGGCAGUCGGCCACUCCAGAGGUGGUCGUGGAAAAAGGUCAGUCGGCCGACUUGUCCAUGGUGGUCUGUGCCGAUCCCAGGCCCAGAUUCGUCGCUUGGGAAUGGGGCUCCCUGAGGUUGGAAGCUGGAUCUGAAAUGGGCAAAUACAAAGUGGACGAUGUGAUACAGGAAGAAAGGGAGGACUGCUACUUAGCAACUUUACAUAUCAAAGACGCAUCCGCCACAGAUUCCAGGGCGUAUUAUCUGGCAGUCGAGAACGACAGAGGCACCGACAGACAUGCCGUGCAACUCUACGUGAACGAACCUCUUCAAAUGAGCACUUUAGUCACCGUUGCAGGAGUAAUGUUGGUCGCAUUUUUGCUGUUAGUUUGCGUUUGUAUUUACGCCAUCCGCACCGAGAAAUGCUGUUUUGCGAGAAAGGGCGACUUCAAACCAACUGAAAUUGAUGGGCAAAAAAUCGACAUAGAAAAGACGGUGGGCAGCGGGGGAAUUCCGGCGGACGCGAUCUACACGACAACGGCCCGCGGCGGUGUUCACCAGUUGCAGCAGGGCGGCGGCGGCAGCCCCGAGGCCGCCAUGAAGCAAACCACACAUACAUUCAACGGUAGAAGUAGCUUAGAAGAGAAAACAAAAGAUAACAUCUACUCUGGUCUGCAAAACAAAAACACACUCAAAAUUGGAAGUAGGCAAUUGAUGACGCCCGAUUUUUUCGAAUCGAACCUCGACCAUUUCUAUCAACCGCCCGACAAAUCAAAAUAUUAUAGCUUUAACCGAUACAACGAGCCCAAAAUGGACAAUUGGUCCUACUCGACCAUCCAGAUGGGCUCACACAGAUCAUCAUUCCCAUCGGAGAACAAAUACGUUAGACGGUCGCUCAAUAACAAAAAAUACCACAAAAAGGACAAUACCAGAUCUAGAGAUAAUUCUAGGCCCAAACCGUUAGACUUCGAUAACCAAAAGUAUUACGACCACGUAUUUCCGAAAAGAGACGGUGCCCUAUACGCAUCCAAUUUCUAUCAGCCCAAUAGUUACGAUCAUGCCGAACUGUAAAUAUUUUCUACGUGUGUAAAUUAUGUAUUUCUCUUUGAAGAAAAUCCUUCAGACUCUUAUAUCUGCAACUCACAAAUUUCGUGAAACUUAAACCGAGAAUGUGAAUGGUUUUCUUGCAAAUAGCCGUCAUCUAUUGUAAUGUAUAUUAUAUAUUUUGUAAAUAGAUAUCAUCUAUACUAAUGCAUGACAUCUACUAAACGUUUCUAUAACUUCCUGAGACUAUGUUUCUUUCGAUAUUAAAUAAAUGUGUUCUGUUCUAUUCAAAUUUAAGUUUCAUUAUGGACAGUGUUUAUCCUGAUCGUCAAAUAUCAUUUUUUUGUAAAUAUGUAAAGCAUUUUAAGUUAUUUAUUAUUUCUAAAAACGGUAUUUAUGGUUUCACAUGUACUUAUCGGGGUAAAUAUUGUUUUAGUGAAACAUUUUAAUGUGUUAAGUUGUGAGAAUGAUACCAAAAAUCUCUAUAUAUAUAAUGUUAGGAAAUUGUAGUUAAUCUCAGAUAUAUAUGUGAUGUUACAAUAAUUAUAAUAAUACCAAUUCGAGAAAAUGUGUUACUUAUUGCUAGGCUUUAAAUGUAAAAUAUUUAAUAAAUCGCUGAAUAUGAAUUAACUAUAUGUUUAAAUUAAUUGAA